UGCUGUCUUCGGAUGAUGAGGUAGGACUUCCAAGCAGAUGCCCAAUGACAGAAGUGUACACUAAGCUGGAGUUUUGUUAUGUGUAAUUUUUUUUUUAACAUUACACUGUGACUUGUAGGUGUCACAGCAAAUUGUUGCUUAUCUCUCGUACUUAUUGGCACAGACAAGGUUGACGUAAGGAGCCUAAGCCAUAUCUCCAGAGAUGCAUUGAAGUCUUUCCAUCACAAUUAUGAUACUGAUUGCACAGACGAAAGUGGAGUGGUCCCUCAGAAAAUUUAUGAUGAAUUGCUCCAAGGGUACCAUCAAUUAAAGAAGAAAAAACAGCGACUGUCAGUGGAGCUCAGUGAUCUUCAACAGAAAUAUGCAGAAUUGGAAGACAAAAAAGACAUACAAAACAAGUGUGCCCGGUACAAAAGCUACGUAUGGUCCAUCCGGUGCAACAUCCAAACAGUGGGAGGUGUUAGAGGUAUCCUGCAGUACACCUGUGCAACUCAGCACCUCACAGACCAGUGAAGAGACAACCCUUCUAUGCCCAGAUGGAAAGAUCCAUAUUGGGGGUGGAGCCUACAUUUCUGCAGGGACCUGGCGCUGGAUUAGUGGAGCCAAAAAUGACUCCUCUAAUCCAGACUUCUGCAAGGACCUUGCCGUAGCCAUCUGGGGGUCAGAGGUCCUGCGGAACCGAUCCACUGAGGGGAAGGUGUGCAACAGACUCAAAGGCCAAGGAGCUGUUGCCAAACCUCCCCUCACUCCUGAAAAAUACCAAGCAGCUAAAGACUCUUUCAAGAGAUGGCUGCUUGAAAAAGGUGUGCCGGAACCAGAGGUGGCUGCUCGCAGCCGUAAAAUUGGGCAGUAUGCCUCUGAAAAAAUCAUGGACAUUAACAAAUCAAUAAAAAGGAUCUAAUACA